UCGCCAGAGACAAACAACUGCACAAGUCAAACACACUCUGAACUGAGCAGGUUGCUUUGCUUUUUGGGAUUUCUCUUUUUUAAAGCAAAGGAAGUGUUUUUUUUUAAGAUACUCAAAUAUGUCUGUUUCGAGUAUUUUGCCUGAUGAGGCGGUGUUUGCUGACUUCAGAAAUCAGUGUUUAUCAACGGACAACUGGAUAAGCAAGUAUGAUAAGAGUGAGAUGGAAGUGUGGGUCGAACACCCACCUGCGAAUAGAGGAAAUCACGAACCUAAAAUCCACAAGAUCAAGUGUAAAAUGACGAUUAAAGAUGUAUCGGCUGCGACCAUGUACGACGUCCUUCACGAUGGACAGUACCGUAAGAAGUGGGACCCCGCCAUGUUGGACAGUUUUGACAUUGCCCGGCUCUCUGCUAACGCUGAUGUGGGCUACUACUCAUGGCUUUGUCCAAAGCCAAUAAAGAACAGAGAUGUGGUGACACUGCGUUCGUGGCAGGUGACGGAUGACGAGUACAUUAUCGUUAAUUUCUCCGUCAAACACCCGAAAUACCCGCCUCGCAGUGACAUUGUGAGGGCCAUUUCCAUCCUUACUGGCUAUUUUAUCAAGCCCACAGGACCAAAUAGCUGUACUUUCAUUUACCUUUCACAAGCUGACCCCAAAGGUUCUCUUCCAAAGUGGGUGGUAAACAAAGCAUCUCAAGUUCUUGCCCCCCGGGUGAUGAAGUGUGUACACAAGGCGGGGCAGAACUACCCAGAGUGGAAACAGCAGAACUCUCCCGACCAGAAGCCGUGGUUGUACCCAGAGCAGAACACCCUGGCCAUGAUGGACCCCGCCGAACUGUUGAUACAGAGAGCAGACUCGCUUGAAAACGUGGACGAGUGUUCCAAGGUGGAUGCUCAGGACAGCGAGGACAGUAGUUAAAUCGCAUCGAAGUGAUGGGAGGAAGGGCUGGAACAAGAGGGAGAGACUGUAUAUACUCACAAACACGAAAAGACUUGAGAGCUCCAACUGUGUGAUAUCGCCCUAAUCCUCCGCUUUUCCAAAUCAGUGUGCCUUUUGGGAUGAGCAAGAGUAUGAAGUGUUUACAGCCAUCUUACCAGAUGAAAAUGAGCACAGAUCAAGUUGCCAUUCACCUCAGUCUAUUUUGAACUAAGCUAAUUCAGUGUCCAGUGUUCGCCAUGGUGUAAUUUCUUUACAGUGUACAGGGUUAGAGGUGUUGGGGUUGAAUGUUACAGCACUACUAUUUACAAUGGCUCCUCUGUCAGGCCUCGUUUAGUUGCAGCUAUGAAGAAUACACACAAACAAAUUUUUAAAUGAGAAGAAAGUCAUUGUUCAUUAGUGGCUCUUUAUAAGGGACUGAAGAUUAGGUAUUGUCAGUGGUGAAAAUGAUGUGAAAUUUCUGACGCCGCAAUUGCUCGUUAAAACGUUAUGGAAACUAUUUUUGACUUAAACUUGUUUGUUGAAUGUUAGAUCCGAAUAAUUGGAUCUUGAACUGAACACACUUAAAUAGUCACUUUUAUUUUGUUAAAUCACAUUAAUAUGAUUAGUUACAUUGUUUAAAAUAGGAUUUGCAUUAACGUGAGACAUAUAGAAGGCAAAGGCUUCUUGGUUUGUGCAGCAGCUCUGGGCAUCAACCUUGAAUCUUAACACAAAAUUUUAAGUUUAAUCCAAGACACAAAGAAGAAAAAAUUCUUCACUGUCACUGCAUUUGCAACUGAUUUUGUUUUUAAAUGUGAAUUUUAUUGCUAAAUGUCAGUUAAUUUUAUUUAGUCACGAGUUAGCAUUUAUCCUGUAUGUCUACCCUCUAUAUGUAAUACAGGAAGACUGUUGAAGGUUCAUUGUAUUUAUGCAGAUGUGCAAUCAAAGUGUAUCCAUUGUAAUUCUUACAGAAGUUAUAUACGAAGUGUAGACUUGCAUUGACACUCAGGGAGAGGGUCAGCUGUUGAUCUCUGAUAAUGAAAACCUAGUUAGAUUGUAUUAACAUGUGAAAUGUACAUAGCAAGUCUGCAUUUUGUCAGUUGAUUAUUACUUUACCUGAAGGAUUGGAAUGACCAUAAAGGAUACCUUUUUAUUUUA